GUGAAAAAUAAUAAAAUUUUAAUAUUUAUUUUCAUUUUAUUGAAAAAUAUUUAAUAGUGUCAAAAUUUUAUUAAAAAUUAAUAAUGGAAAAUUUAAAUUUUAAUGAAAUAUUUCCAAUUGAGAUAAAAUUGCACAUAUUCAGUUACUUAAAUUUUGGCGAUAUAAUUGCAAUAUCAACUGUUUGUAAAGAAUGGUUAGAGAUCACUAAAAUGGAUGAUUUCCAAAAUAAAAUUUCUAUAAGAUUUUCUGGUGUUUAUUUAUCUGAUAUUAAAGAACCUGCAUCAUUAUUUCUCAAUAAAACAAGACCAUUUCGUAAUUUAAUUUUAAAAGAUUGUGAAAUGGAAUAUUGUAAUAAUUUUUUGAAAACAAUGGGUUCAACAUUAAAAUCUAUAACAUUUGAAUUAUGUAAUAAAAUGUCACCAAUACAUUUUAUAACAAUUAUUGAUAAUAUUGAAAAUUUAAAAGAAUUAUCAAUAAAAAAUUGGUGGGGCUUCGAAAAAUUUGAACUUCUCGAUACGAAUGAUAAUAAUUCAAAAAUAUUAUAUUUAAAUUAUAUUGAAAGAGAAAAACAUGCACUAUCAAAAUUAGAGAAAUUACAUUUACAUGUAAAAAAUAGUUCAGCAUUUCAAGAAAUUGCUGUUAGAUUAACUGAAGUUAAUGAAUUAACAUUAAAAGAUAUUUAUUUUGAUUUUUCUGGACCGAUGCCAUUACAUAAAACAUAUGUCUGGUAUAAUUUAUUAAUGUUAGAUAAAUUAAAUUUAAAGAGAUUUGAAUUAAAUGGACAUUUUUUUCCAAGUGAGGAAUUCUUUCAAUUUUUAAUAAGACAAAAAAAUUUAAAAGAAUUACAUUUACGUGGCUUACAUUAUUUACAUGAUGAACAAGUUGAUUUAAUUGCAAAUAAUUUAGAAUUUCUUGAAGUACUUAAAGUACCAUUCUGUUAUCAUGUUUCAAAUAGGAGUCUGGAAUCUUUGUUAAAAUUAAAAUAUUUAAAGAAAUUAGAAAUAUCAAAUUCAGUACAACAUGAAGCUGGUAUCGAUGAUGUUGUUACAGAUGAAGGUAUACAAAGAACAAUUGCAAGACAAAAUAAUGAUAGAUUAUUGGAAUUAAGUUUGGGAUCAAUUAAAUUAUGUGAUAAACAGAUGUCAUUAAUUGUACCGAAAUUAAAAAAUUUAACAUCACUAGAUAUUGAAGCAAGUGAUAUUGAUAAUGAUAAAAUUACUGAUGAAUCAAUUCAAAUUAUAAUUAAAAAUUUAAAAUGGUUAAAAAAUUUAAAUUUAAAAAACAAUAUAAUGAUAACUGAUUAUGGUUUAACAGGAUUAAAUCAAUUAUCAAAUAUAGUAGAUGGUGUACCAAUAUCAAAUUUAAAAGGAUUAAUAAGUUUAAAUUUAAAAAAUUGUAAUAAACUUACAGACAUUUCGCUAAUACAUGGUAUAAAAUUUUUGGAAUUAAGGCAAUUGUCGAUUGGAGAACUCCCCAGUUAUAAAAUGAUUGAUAAUACAUUAGUAUUUAUUAAUUCUACAAAUUUUACGGAAAAUGGUUUUAAAGCUUUAGCAAAAAAUUGUCCAUCAUUAGAGAAUUUAAAUUUUUCAACAAAUAAUUGGAAUUAUUUGGCAACAUUAUCAAUAUUUCCAAGAUUAACACAAUAUAUUAUGUAUAAGAAUUGUAUCAAGUGUGAGAGAACACUUCAAUUCAAUUCAAUUGAUAGACGUCAUGUUUGCAUCAUGUGUAAUGUAAAUGUGGAUUGAUAUUUUUUGUAAUUAUUACGAAAUGUAAUAUAAGUGAAUUUAGCAACUCAAGCAUAAUCAACCGGAUCGUGGAACAAGAAUCGAAGUAUCUAUUAAAAAUAUUAUGGUACUAAUAAUAAUAUUUUACUAGUAAAAAAUUUGAUAUAUUUUAUAGUUUUUGGUAUUAUAGUGUGAUAAUCUUACAAACAAAAAAAAUUAUUUUAUUUUCAUUAUAUGUAUUCAUAUGUAUGUUUGUGAAUAUUGUAUGUUUAACGUUACUAUUAUUCAUAAAUAAUUAAAGCAGUGUAAUAACGAUUCCUUUAAGAAAAUAUAAAAUGAAAAGUGUUUUUGUCUUAUCAUUGGACUUAACUGUAUAAUAAAUAUCAGACCUAUACACAAAGGCGGGAGCGAAAAAAUUAUGUUUUACUUCUUGUGACUUCUUCAUUUAUUCAAUUUAAUUUUAUAUAAAUAAACAAAUUAAAUCAUAGAAUAAUUCAAAAUUCAAAAGUGAGAGUAGCAGUGUACAUAGGCGUAAGAAGUUUGAGUAAAAAAUUGUUUAACUCGUUUAAAAAUAUAUUAUUUUAAAUUACCCUGUUAAUAUCGCAGUAUUUCAUUUAAAUUCAUUUAUCUAGGAGAAGAAAAAAAAUGAAAACUAAUAACACAGGUAUUAAAAAUAUUAAUAUAAGAAUACCUUUUUGAUAAAUAUU